AGAUGGCUGGUGCUUUCGAGAGAGCGCAGAAAAUACCCAAGAUCGGGGAUGCUGAAAAAGAGUCCCUGUUUGGUUAUGUGUUUGCUGUUUCUGGACCUGUGGUUACUGCUCAGAACAUGGCUGGAGCUGCUAUGUACGAGUUGGUACGUGUAGGUCAUGACGAGCUCGUUGGAGAGAUCAUCAGAUUGGAAGGCGACAUGGCAACCAUCCAGGUUUAUGAGGAAACAUCUGGUGUAACUGUGGGUGAUCCUGUUCUGAGAACUGGGAAACCUCUGUCUGUGGAGUUAGGACCUGGUAUUAUGGCCAGUAUCUUUGAUGGUAUUCAAAGACCGCUGGAAGAGAUCUCAAAACUGACUCAGAGUAUCUACAUACCUAAGGGAGUUAACACACCUGCUUUGGAUAGAAAUCUGAAAUGGGAGUUUGAACCAUUUGGAAACAUCAGGGUUGGUAGUCACAUGACAGGAGGAGAUAUUUAUGGAGUGGUGUACGAAAACAUCCUCAUCAAACACAAGAUUAUGCUGCCUCCUAAAGCAAAGGGCACCGUCACAUGGGUUGCUGACCCCGGCACAUACGAUGUCAAUGAUGUUGUAUUGGAGACAGAGUUUGAUGGAGAGAAAAACAAAUACACUAUGUUACAAGUCUGGCCAGUACGUCAGAUGCGUCCCGUCACAGAGAAACUGGCUGGAAAUCAUCCACUGCUGACCGGUCAACGUGUCCUGGAUGCUCUUUUCCCAUGUGUACAGGGCGGGACCACCGCUAUCCCUGGAGCAUUUGGCUGUGGUAAAACUGUCAUCUCGCAGUCUCUGUCCAAAUACUCCAACAGUGAUGUCAUUGUCUAUGUGGGAUGUGGGGAGAGAGGAAAUGAAAUGUCGGAAGUAUUACGAGAUUUCCCUGAGCUGACUAUGGAAGUGGACGGUAAACCAGAGUCCAUCAUGAAGAGAACAACCUUAGUCGCCAAUACCUCAAACAUGCCUGUCGCUGCCCGAGAAGCAUCCAUUUACACAGGUAUCACACUGUCUGAAUACUUCCGUGACAUGGGUUACAAUGUAUCCAUGAUGGCUGACUCCACCUCAAGAUGGGCAGAGGCUUUGAGAGAAAUCUCUGGACGAUUGGCUGAAAUGCCUGCUGACUCAGGAUACCCAGCAUACCUUGGGGCUCGAUUAGCUUCAUUUUAUGAACGUGCAGGACGUGUUAAGUGUGUGGGUAACCCUGAACGUGAAGGCAGCGUCAGUAUCGUAGGAGCUGUGUCUCCUCCUGGUGGUGAUUUCUCUGACCCUGUAACAUCAGCCACCCUGGGUAUUGUACAGGUGUUUUGGGGACUGGAGAAGAAACUUGCUCAGCGUAAACAUUUCCCAGCUAUUAACUGGCUCAUCAGUUACAGCAAGUACAUGAGAGCCCUCGAAGAGUUCUACGAUAAAAAUUUCCCAGACUUUCCUCCACUUAGAACCAAGUGUAAAGAAAUCUUACAAGAAGAAGAAGAUCUGUCUGAAAUUGUACAACUUGUAGGCAAGGGAUCUCUAGCUGAAUCAGACAAGAUCACAAUGGAGGUGGCCAAACUUCUAAAGGAUGAUUUUCUGCAGCAGAAUGGAUACACACCAUAUGACAGGUUUUGUCCAUUUUACAAAACGGUUGGUAUGCUGAAAAACAUCAUGGCAUUCUACGAUAUGGCACGUCAUGCUGUGGAGACUACUGCACAAAGUGAAAAUAAAAUCACUUGGUCAAUUAUUCGUGAACAGUUGAGUGAUGUCCUGUAUAAGCUUAGCAGUAUGAAAUUCAAGGAUCCAGUGAAAGACGGUGAAAAGAAAAUUAAGACAGAUUAUGAUGAUCUACAUGAAGAAAUGCAACAAGCCUUCCGCAAUCUAGAGGACUAGAAAAAAAAACAUGUUGUCUUUGUAGAUCAAAAUUCCAGUUUUCAUUUCAUUUUUUUUUUUUUUUUUUGCAUACUGUAACACAUAACCUUCAUAUUUUCUUCUGAUAUAUUUAUAUCUAUGAAAGUAUUUACAAAGCUGAAAAUGUGAUAAGACUGACCUAGAAAAGAAAUGAAAAAAAAGUGAAGGAACUGCAUGUUUGAAAAAAAAAACAUGUUCCCUGAAUUCCAUUGUCAAGAAACAUCUGAACAUGAACAAAUGUUAUGGCCAUCCAUGUUGGUUUCAAUUUUUUAAAGAAAAUAUUUUAAUUUAGAUUAUCAGAAAAGAUAAGAUGUUAAAAUCUAUGAACUGAAUGCAAAUGCUGAAAUACAGGUUUUAAGAGAAGAAUCAUCUUUACUGCUGCAAAUAUUAUUGAUUUUUUUUUAAUUUGAAACCUUUGCAUUUUAAUUGUUUUAGUCAAUCAGACUAUGUUGUGAAUGUGUGAUAUUUAUUGGGAAAUAAUUUUUGGCUAGAAUGUAGUUUUAUGUAUGGUAAAAUGAACUUAAACUAGAAUUUGAAGGAAUGCUUCAGUAGUCACAGGUUGUCUACAAUUUCUUAAAUUGGUGCAAAUUCAUCUGAAAAUACACAUUAAAUAUGAAGAAAAGCAGUGAUGAGUUUAAAGAAUCCACUAUGUAUGAAGUUGUUACCAAUAACUGCAAACAGGUAAACUUUCGUCUUAGUUUAAUGGUUUGUGGGUUUUUUUUUUUUUGCAAUUUCAGGCAGAUUUAAGACUGGGUAGAAAUGAUCAGUUCUUUAUGUAAAGUUAAAAAAAAUCCUUGGUGGCUAUUUGAUAUUUGUUGUGUGCAGUAUUUAGUGCAUGAUGAUUCUGAACAUUGCUUCAAGGAUCAACUUCAUUCAAAAGGACAUCUUUGAAGUUCGUGUAAUUUACAUGGUAAAUACUUUACAGGGUACAAUCCAUUUUAACGCUGAUUAAGAAAUAACUGGGUAUGAUUGAAACUGGUCUGUAGAUGAACAACUGGUUUCUGUUUGUGAACAAUUCAUGAUAAUUUUAAGUGUCUCACAAGUUUAAAAAGCAGAUCCUACGAACAAACUGUCUCUUGAACAUAGUUAGAUAUGGAAUAGACCUGGCAAUUUGUCUAUUUCACGAGUUUGGGUCUCAAAAAAAAAAUCUUUUUAAUCAAAACAAUAUUUUUGAUUCAAAUUUAGGAUUGAAUGAGGUAUGAAAACAAUUAUGAUUUUACUGUAAACAACAUAUUUAACAUCCUAGUUUAUCAUUGUUUAAUAUUGGAAAUUUAUCAAUAACAGAAUGUAUAAAUAGUUAAAGGUUUGUAAGUUAUAGCUAGCAGUAAAAAUCGCUUGAUAUUGAUUACUAGUCACUCCAUGUUGUAUUAGAAAUGAUAGUUGAUGAAAGUUUGACGUAAUUAUGGUUGGGAAUCAUAUAGAUUAUGAUAAAAUGAUGUUGAUUGAUAUUUUGUACGUUGUAUAUAUAUAUAAUUGUAUAUUGACACUAUAACAGUAAUAUAUAUUUCACAUUCGUUGGUUACUUAAUCUCUUCUUUUUUUAUGACAACUUUAGUUGUUAUGGAUCCUUAAUAACCAUUGUUGUCAUGGACAGCUGUUGUUGCCAUGGACAGUUUUUGUUUGUUACUUAACAUCCAUUAUUCCAAUAUGUCUGUUUAAUGUAAAUGUGAUAUACAUCUAUUCAUUAUGUCAGUACAUAUGUUUUUAUUCAAGUGCUUCAUUGUUAAUUAGAAAUUUAGCUUCUUCUUAAACUGAUAGUCAGUAGUUCAACUUGAUAACAUUAAAUUCAAUACAGUUUGUUAACUGUAGAAUAAAUUUUACAACUUUCACCCAAAGACGGUGAGUUUCACACGAACAAAAUCUGAUGUUAUUUUAGUUAGAAAUGCAGAGUCCUAGAAGAGUGAAUGAAUCUGUUCUAAAGACAACGGGUAACAAAAUCUGUGAAAAGAUCAGUAGAGGCUCUAUAUCCAGUUCUGAACUCAAUACAAUUUAUUCAUGAAACCAUUAAUCAAAGACACAUAGUGUAACAUCAGGUGAAAUACAAAUUUGUAUUCAUAUCUAUGAAAUUGUUAUUUUCUCUGUUGUAUAAUCCAUCACAGAAUCAGAAUGCGUAUACAGGGAAGAAUUUUCCCUGGUUUAUUGUCUCUUUUUAAUUUCUCACCUACAUCUUACAUAUUAGGAAUAAUUUAAUGCAUUAUAAAUAGUAUGAUUUUAAAAAGAACUUUCUGUAAAAUGUAAGAUAAAAGGUGUACUUUAAUGUUUCUGGUAUGACAUUAUAUUGAAAUCCUUGCCGGGAUAUAGAGGUUACACAAUAUGUGGUAGUGGUACAAUUUUGUGUAUAUUUCUUUAACUCAAGUUUUUUUUUCAAAAGUUACAAAAAACAUGAGCUUUAGCAUGAAGCACCCUUUUCAAAGUUCAUCCUGUCAGCCAAUCAAAACAUGCUAAAAUGUUACACCACAUGUGGUAUUAAUGUUUAAACAGCAGUUGAAAUGAUUAAUUAAUGCCUUGGGGGUUGAAUGACACCAACCUAUUGUAGAAGAAAUAUCAUUUCAACAUUGUACUUUACAUCAUCAAUGAGACAUAUGUAAUGAAAUAGACUUACUUAUAAAAGAUUUUUGAGAAAAAUAUAUGUAGUCAGACAUGAUACAGAAAUCCAGUUGGUGUGUACAAAAAAUAAUCAAUCACUUCUCUCUCCGAUUUAUAUGACCAAAAACGGUUUAGAUUCUGGUCGGUGAUUUAUGAAAUGAUUCAAAUAAUUUUUAAUAACAGAAGUUGAAAAGGAAAUUUUUAAACAGAAAUUUACAGAAAAUUUAUUAAAUGAAAUAUUUCUGACUUCUACUAUGUAUUUUAUAUUUGUUUUCACAUAACUAUGAAUUUUUCCUGUCCAAAAUUUAGGGGGAAAUUUCCCCUAAAGAAGGAUGGAUUUGGGAUUUACUUCGGAUGUGUCUUUCUUAAAAUAUUAAAGUAAAGCAAUGAUUAGUUAAAUGAUGACAGGGAGAGGAAGGGACAACUACAAAAUUUAAAGGAGCUACAUUGAAGCGUCCAUGAAUAUAGAAUUUGAAACAGAUUUUUUUGUUCAAGUUUGAAUUCGUAAGCUUCUCAGUAUACACAUGUUAAAACUCACCAUUAUGUGAGCUGUAAACUAGACUUGUUUUGUAUGGACCAUUAUUUCUAAAGAGAAUGUAUGGUAUUAUAUGUAGGGUUCUUAAGUGUAAUCAAGAGUAAAUGUGAUCCUAAUUUA